UAUGAAAUCCCGAAUUUGAAAGUCGCCAGUUUGUAUCCCGUUUGUUCAUAAAAGUUCAGCAAGUAUCUUUUAGACGCUCUUCGGAGAGAAAUCUGAACUGGGAAGUUCAUAAAACAUGAAGGCACUUGCACAUGGAAUUUCCUCUCCCGCCAUAACUGCCAUCCCAAGCUCAACUUUCAGACCUUCACGGCGGCCGGUUUGCCGCGUUUCCUUCGAGCCCUUUUCUUCCUCGAGCACAAAGGCUUCAGCUUUCCGCCUUCCGAGGUUGAGAAUCUCACAGAAGGCAGUCGAACUGCAGCGCCGCUCUAGGCUACUGGUGGCUACUGCUGCGGCUGAUGAAGAUUCCGGGACCAAUUCCGAAGCUGAACCAAGCAAUUCUUCUGAUGGGGCUGCAACACUGGACAUAAAAUUGCCGAGGAGGAGUUUGCUUGUGCAAUUCACUUGCAAUGAUUGUGGUGAAAGAACACAAAGGCUUAUCAAUCGUCUGGCAUAUGAGAGGGGGCUUGUCUUUGUGCAGUGUGCAGGAUGUGAGCAGUAUCAUAAAUUAGCUGAUAAUCUUGGUCUCAUAGUUGAGUAUGAUCUACGGGAGGAGAUUAAGCCCGAACCAAAUGCAGAGGAAGUUUGAUAACCAAAGAUAGAUCUUGUACGUGCCUCGUUCUUCUCAUGUUUA